UAUUCACUAUUCACCUGCCUAUUUAUUAACAGUCCUGGCUACAUUCACCUGCACACUGAACUGAGAAAACUUUCAGCAAAGAAUAUCUGCACCGAGACAACAAAAAUGAAGGUUUUUCUGCUGCUUGUCAUUGUGGCAUUUACAGGUUGCCAAGCCAAGCAACCGAUUGAUGUUAUCUGGGUCUAUUGGGCCAAUGCAAAACACACUGCUGAAGAAACAAUGAAAACAAUUGGAGAGUUUAAAUUGUUACAGGAAGUCAAUGCUAGAUUUACAGAAGGUGCAAACGUGGCCAAGACAUACACAGACAUGCUUCGUGAACAAGUAAACCCUGUGGUCCAGGACGUCAUAACUAAAAUUAACAAGGAGGCUGAGGUUCUGAAGUUGAGUCUUGAGCAAGACUUGACAACUGUGAGAGACAAACUGGAGCCCUAUACUGGGGAUAUUAAAGCUGAAAUUCAGGAAAAAGUGGAGGAGCUGAGAGAAGCUGUGGCUCCCUACACUGAGCUUCUUGACAUUGAAGCACUGAAAACCACCGUGCUGCAGAAGACAGAGGAAAUUAGGGGAAAUAUGGAGUCCCUGAAUGAACGCCUCAUCUCUCUGUACAAGUCCAUCACUAAGACCGAAUAAACACUACAAUGCUAUUUCUCCCACAAACAACCUGAAAUACUAAACAUCAAAUACUCAGAAAUAACGAGUGCUUAUCACAAGAAAACACACCAAACAAUGGACUGUAUCAGCUUGCUAAUAAUUCAGUGAAGUUCUCCCAACAAGCAUUAGCAUUAAAAAAAAAAGUUUAUCUUUUAUUUACCUAUUGCUGCUAAGGAGUGAUGUAUUUUCUGCCAAUCUUUUUUGGCUGAUUUUUAUUUCUUUGUUAAAGAAGAAGUUAGAUAGAAGAAUGUAUAAUUAUCUUUAUAAGAAUUGCUUCUUAAAAACUGUCUCUAAUGUUCCUUCCUGCAGUGUCUCUGUAAGAAAAUAAAAUCAUAAACAAGCGAACACAA